UUUCUGAUUACUACCCCAAGACCUUGAAGGACAAGAUGUACUCAAAGUGAUACUACAAAACAAGUUCUUCCGUUUCUGCUGGAAUAUGAAAAUUUUACCUUCAUCUUAAAUGUUCUACCAACGUAUAACUAGAGCUUUAUAUAUUUGCAGGUAUAUGAAUCAAUUGUAGAUCAAAAAUACAUUGUUAAGUACCAAUAUCAGUAUAGACAAAGGAAAAUAAAGACCAUUUUGAAGGGGAUUCAAAUCAAUAUGUUCGAAACGAUGAAAGGACGUCAAAAAUAUAUUUCGUUGAGUGUAGGAAUUCUUGCUUGGUUCAUGGGAGGAAUUGUGUUCGCAUUCAACGCAUAUGCAAUCGCGCUGAAACAGACAUUCAACUACACUCAGACUGAAUUGGACUAUGUAGCAUCGAGUGGCGAUUUGGCAAUAGCCGUUGCAUUCCCAGCGGGGCUUGUGUUAGACAACUUUGGGCCGAGAGUGACAUGUACAGUGUCACUUAUUCUUACGACUUUGGGAUUUGCGCUGAUGUGGAUGGCAACACAGUUUAAGAUAUUCUUUACUACAAAAAGCUGGCUUCUAUCUGUAUUUUAUUUUUUGACUUCAGGCGGGAUCCGUUUCAUAAUCGUGGCAACGAAGGUAGUAAUCUGCAAAAACUUUAAAAGAAAACAUAUGGGUAAAAUACUUGGGUUAUAUAGUACCAUAUACGGCAUAAGCCCUGCAAUAUUCAGCGCCAUCUAUGAGGGAUUAUUUGUACAGGGGCACAUUGAAGAUGCAGAGAAUCAAAAGCUUUCAGAGUUCUUGAUUAUGCUAGCAUUAUUAUCGUUUUGCAUUAAUCUAUAUGCUGCCAUUUUGCUUAAAAUGGAAUCAGAAGGGAUGGACGAUCCUAAGGAGGCUGAACUGGCAAGUACCAAACAAAAUGGAGAUGAGACUAAAGAUGCAACAGCCGAAGGGCAUGAUAAUGACCCAGUUGGCACCAAGAAAGAAGUAAAUGACAAAACUGAACUGAUUUCGAAGAAAACAGACCGGUUGCCUCAACCAGAAAUGACGUGUUGGCAAAUCAUUAAAACAAUUCAGUUUUAUUACUUGAUUAUAAUCUCCCUAAUAGUUGCGGGUGUUGGUGGAUCUUUUACAAAUAACAUCACGACGGUAGUGAAAUCUGCACGCCUCGAGGAAUAUGCAAUUAUUUUCACAGUUGUAAUACCGAUAUGUUCAUCAUUUGGGCGAUUUUUUGGUGGAAUGAUACCAGAUUUCAUAUUUCAGAAAUGGCCAGACAUUCCGAAGUCAUCAAUUUUGUUAUUUCCGGGAAUCUGUUCAUGUGUUGGUCAUGUGUCAUUUUCUAUUUCCGAUCAAAGUUUGGGUGGUUUAAUUUUCUCUUCUAUGAUAAUGGCGCUGGCAUAUGGGUCGUUUUACACACAAAAUAAUAUAAUUGCAAUACAACUUUUUGGUCUUAAAUAUUAUGGACAAAACAGUGGUCUCAUUGCAAUAGGUCGAGGAAUUGGAAUUCUUACAUUUCAAAAACUUUUUGCUUUCUUUUAUGAAACAAAUAGCCAACUUGGAUCAAAAUACUGCUAUGGAGAAAGAUGCUAUCGAUGGUAUUUUCUUCUGAUGGCAAUAAUAUGCCUUUGUGUUGUUUUUCUUAUUUUUUGCCUCAUGAAAAUUGAAAGAGAUCAACGACUACAACACGAAGAAGAAAAAGCCUCUUAGAUAGCAGCACAAAUACAUUUCUUGCCAACUAAAGGACACCUUUUGAAGAAUGUGUUAUAAUUUAUUAGCCUGUUCAUGUUUAGUGAUUUUUUCAAAGUUUUCAAAUUGGGCUUUCUGUUUGCCGAACUGUUGGAUAAUAUUGCACCGUGGAACACAAGACUGGAUUAUUAUCUUCUCCGGUAUAUGCUUAUCUUAUUUUCUAGAGUGUUUUCAUUUAUUAUUUGUGAUAAGAAAGAACAAAUGUCCUGCUUCACUUCCCUUCCCUUUCUCUUACGAGGAUGUUUCAUGGAAAAUUACCUUCGUUCUCAAGAUUCAACAAAUCAAAUUAAAUUAUAUUUUAUUUAUAAUUCGAGAUGACUUUAUAUUUAAAACUUAGAAAUUGACAAUGGACCUUUAGGACACAUGUAUGGUAGCCUGCAAAAUAAAAUCAUCAUUCAGUCCAAAUCUUAGACCUGAACUAUUAAAUAAAUCUGCAUUGAAAAUUA